GACAAGACUCGUGCUCACCACUCGUGAUAUGCGUGCAUUUUGGAUGAUUCAGUGACAGUGCAAACUGGAAAGCAGUGUAGACAGGCGAACUCUGUGCUUUCCCUCUCUCUAUAAAUAUAUCUAUGUACAUAUAAAGAUAAACAUGCAUAGCUAUAUAUGUAUGUGUGUGUAAAUGUGCAUGUAUAUAUGCACGAAUAAAUAAAUAAAUUAAUACACAAUGGUUUAUAGAAGAAAUGCUAAACAGUAGGACUUAAACCUCUCUGUGUGUGUGUUUAGUGUAUCUGGAUAAUCUUUUAACAUUUUCUAACACACUAAGCAGCAAGACUGUCAACUUUUCUACCCUCGUCUCAUGAUGGACAUUCUACCAAGUGGUAAUAUUUUCAGAGAAUUACAGGUUGUCCAUGAUACCGGUUACUUCUCUUCCCAGCUAUCCCUUGAAGACAUAUGGCAACAGACGAUUUUCGAAAUGGAACGAUACCUAAGGGACGAACCUAGAAUACGCCCAUGUAGACAGCUACCAAAGACUGUACAAGAUCCGUUAAAUUUGAUAUCAUUACGGAAUGACAGAGAGUCGUCUUCUAAAAACUUAACCUCUGACCCAGACGGACAUUUGAUUAGUUUUAAUUCAAGUACAGAAAGCAGAGACUGUAACAGUGACGGCGGAAACAGCAGUGGAGGAGAAGACAGGCUUAGUGUUUCAGAUCUGGACAUAAGCGAUCAUAAUGGCGAUAAUGUGAUGCCUAGCGCCACCAGGAGGAUAAAUAUUGAAAGUAAUAUGGUCACGUCUAGUGAUUUCAAGAAUAAGUAUCAUACGUUGAAAAAAAAGUCGCUUCUGUCAGUGCCCGGCGGAGAAGGUAUUUCUGUGAAACUUCUAACAAAGUUAGGGCAGUCUUCACUUUCACCUCCGUCCUCCCCAAAGGACGCAGUUAAGCGUCCAUUUACCCAAAGUUUAGGUGUCAGUGCUACUCUACAAGUUGCCGUGGCCUCAAAUAAUUCCAUUUUUCAAGAUCCAAUAGUGCCAACAUCAACGUUAGGACCUCGGAUGUUAGCAUCUCUAACAGCGGUUAACCCAUUGCCUGAGUCACAUUGCCGAAUUGGGUUAGUCCCAGACAACAAGAGAAGAAUUCACAAGUGCCAAUAUAGCGGGUGUAAGAAAGUGUACACUAAAUCGUCACACCUUAAAGCUCAUCAGCGUACUCACACUG